GAGCCAAGGGCAUCCACCCACCGCCUUGAGCCUCAAACAUAAGAAACAGAAUUCUAGUGAAGUGGACGCGAAGAAACGAAGCUUCCAAUCUUCAUCACAUAUAUCUCAACUCAACCUUCUCCUUUCUCCAAUCCUACACUUGUUAUUCUUUCUCUCUCACACAUCUUCAUCCCUUUACUACACUGGAACCAACACCAACAUGAACAUCAAAGAUGGCGUCAUGCUUGUCAGAAAGGCAGAGAUAGACACAAGGCCGCCAUUCCGCUCCGUCAAAGAGGCUGUCUCCUUGUUCGGCGACAAAGUCUUAGCUGGGGAGGUUUAUGCAACUGCAAACAAACUCAAAAAGAUGGAGAGUGGAGGAAGUGAAAAUGGCGUGGAGUAUUCGAGAAUUGAAAACGUUGAAGCUGAGCUAGAGGAGACGCGAGAAAACCUGCAGAGGGCGAAGGAAGAAAGCAUGGUAAUGGCGCAUUGUCUGUCUUCUCUGCAGGAAGAGCUUGAACGCACGAAGGAAGAGCUUCAACAACUGAAGCAACGAGAAACCGAGAAACACCCGGUGGAAUCUGAAAUCGAAGAUGUGAAGUUUGUGGAGAAUUUGACGACGUUUGGAGUGAAAAGUUCGAGAUUUGACGAGGAAAAGAUGGAGUUCCAGAAAAAAAGGUACGUGACGUUCGCGAAUCCUCCAUCGGUGUCUCAUAUGAUGUUUCCACAACAAGGGGUUGGAAAGUUGGAAAGGCACCCUUCUCUGAGGAAGAAGAAGAAGUCAUUGAUUCCUUUGAUUGGAGCUAUUUUUUCAAGGAAAAAGGGGACCCAAGAACUUCCAUGACACACUUCCAAACAAAAUACCAUGUUUUCGGUUUAGCACUAUGUUAAUUUACCAGAAUAAUUCCCCACUGCAUUUUCUUUAGAGUUUUUUUUAUUUUUUAUUUUUGGUUCUGGAAAAGUUUAUUUUCAUGCGCACUUUAACAGACUUCAAUGGCAGAUAGACGGUACAAUCUUGUUAAACUCGCGAGAUGCUAACAGGGUUGCAUGUUGAAUGUGGUAAAUGUAAUAAAGGACACCGAUUACAA